ACGUGUCGAGAGCAGUUGUCGAGCGCACAGAGGGAAUCGAACGAAUUGACGAUACGUUUGAGUCGUUUCGCUGAUUAUGAUACGUUAAAGGAUGAGAAUUUGAAGAUGAAAUUUGAGCUUGAAAGUGGUGUUAUGGCUGAAAGAUUGAAAGCAAAAGAAGAACAGGCGAUAAAUAUGGGUAAUCGCUUGAAACUUGUCGAAGAGGCUUCCUCUUUGAGAGUUCGCGAACUCAAACUUCAACUGAAACUUGUGCAACUCGACCUCUCCCUCGACAAGUAUCGUCGUGUCUCACUCACUGACCAUCCCAAUAACCACCGUCGUUUUUUCACAUUUCAAAAUUCAAAUGCCAAUCGCACACUGCCCAAUUAUCAAACACGUUCCUCUCAUCAAAACCAAACAACUCACUCACUUCAUCGCAGUCAUCAACAACAACACCAACUACCAACUCAAACUGAAUCGACAACGCCGAAAAUUCGAAAGAUUUUACCCAAAAACGACGAGUUCAAUGCCGAACACACGUUUGUCUGCCCAGAACUUCAAGAAAUUGAGAACUGCCGAGGAGCUGGACUGUCAGCAGUUGGAAAUCAACGAGGGAAGGUGAUGGAAAGAAGAGCGCUUCAAGCGAACGCAUUAAGAGCAUCAUCGAAUAGCGUUCUUCUGGAGUCAUCCUCGAAUGCUAGCGUUCAACCACUGAUGACUUCAACACCGAUGCAGUCGUUUGUAGAAGUUGAGGAAAAUGGAGAGAAUGUUGAGCACGGUAGUGUUUUAUCACCGAUCAAAUUGCCUUUAACACGUAAAGUAUUGUCGAAUGGCGAUGGUGUCAAUAAUAACAACAAUGAGAAUAGGGUGACGACAACUUCUUUCAAUGAUUUGCUAUUGAAAAGAAAUCAGCAACAACAAGAGCAGCAACGAAAUGUGGCUGAAAAUAUCCUCAAAGUUACUUCGGGGCAAGAUGACGUAAAGAUGAAAGAUGUCGCAGAAACGAAUGCAAAAGCCGGAACUUCAGCUGAGAAUCAUUCAGAUGAAAUAGAUCCUGUUAUGCAACAAUAUAUGAAUAUUGUCUUGAAGAAGAGGGAAGAGGAAAAAAAGACGAAAGAACAACGAGAGGAUACUGACGAAAAACACGAGCAGCCGUCUAAGAAAAAUUCACCGGAAUCACAAGAAGCAUCACAGAAAUCUGCAGGUAGUUCGGUGAUUGCAGCGAGACUAGAUCACGAUUCAGCGCAUACAGAAAGCGAUUUUGAUUGGUGA